GAACGCGAGGGUGCCAGCUCGGCCGCCGGGCCGCCUAUUUUAGGCAGCUGGAGUGCCGGCUCCUGUGAUCCUGUCCUGUGCAAUCAAAUCCAACAGUGUCCCCUCUCCUCCUCUUGUCGUCCACCACCCAGUCCCCAGCUGCCUCGCUGAUGGCCACCGAGACCAUCCAGGUUCCGGCGCCGGCCAUGCCGGCAGUAGCUGGGCGCGCCGCCACCAGAGGCGGCAGCAGGGCGGGCCUGCCGCCGCCGCCGCGGAGGGGCCAGAUCAAGGAGAAGAUCCUCAAGGACGUCGUCGCUGCUGUCUCCGCCAUGGCCGCGGGCCUCGUCAAGAAUAGCCGCGGCGACGGCGAGGAGGGUCUCCCGGCCUCCGUCGACGCCGACGACAACAAGUGAAACGGCCGGUCCCCAGAAGUAUAAGAAGAGCCGCGCCGCGCGUUCUCACUUCCGCCCGCGGCCUGCCCGAUGCCCUCGCUCCUCUGCUGCUAUCAUGUGCUCAUUUUAGUGCACGCGGUAGAGGGCUGGCAGAGGGCCAAAUAUUUACAAAGAAGCUCUCGUGAAUCUCUCCUCCGUGUUUGAAGUAUUUGUGGGGUGUCUGUUGGUCAGAUGGAUCGGUUGCCAUAUUAGAGCACGCGCUGGUCCAUCCAUCCGUCCACGGUCAGUCUUGCUGCUUUCUGGUCUCGUUUUGUUUGGGUUUCAGUGGCUGCUGUCAGGAGGUUACUGCUGUUUUUUAAGGAAGAGCCUCCGGGACUGCGGUUGGUGAUGCUGGUUAGUCUUAAGUUUCUGUUGUUUGAUCAGUGUGUUGUGUAAGCUUGUGCCGUUUUGUCGAGCGCUUGGUUGUGUAAGGUUCAGGAGGACUGGAGGAGGGGAUCAGCAAGUAUUAUGGUCUGGUCCCUUCCUCUCUGUGUCACCGACCCCUUCGCUGUAACUCUGCUUUGCUGUCAUGUCAAAUAAAGCUUCUUGUUUGAAAACUGUC